UGUUGCUCCAGUUCUGAGCAAAUGCUUUCAUUUUCUAAUAAGGCUUUCUGCUGGAGACAAACCGUCCGCAAUAAACAAGAAAUCAGACCAGACUACUUGGUAAAAUGACCUCUUGUGUUGCCGAAGAACCUAUUAAAAAGGUUGCUAUCUUUGGAGGGACUCACGGAAAUGAGCUGACAGGAGUGUUGCUAGUUACUCACUGGCUAAAGAACGGCGCUGAAAUUCAGAGAGAAGGGCUGCAAGUGAAACCAUUCAUUACCAACCCAAGAGCAGUGGAGAAGUGCACCAGAUACAUUGACUGUGACCUGAACCGGGUUUUUAACCUUGAAAACCUUAGCAAGGAGAUGUCUGAGGAUUUGCCAUAUGAAGUGAGAAGGGCUCAAGAAAUAUACCACUUAUUUGGUCCAAAAAAUAGUGACAAUUCCUACGAUGUUGUUUUUGACCUCCACAAUACAACUUCUAACAUGGGUUGCACUCUUAUUCUUGAAGAUUCCAGGAAUGACUUUUUAAUCCAGAUGUUUCACUAUAUUAAGGUAAUCUCGAUAUUAUUAAUGGGUGUUAGCUUGGGAUUCUUUCUUUUGAAGUCCCUAAAAGAUGUCAGGAAGGCGGGGCAAAGAGAAAUGGAUUGCAUCCCACAGUCUAAGAGGAGGCUUGAUGAAGUGCUAUACAAAGGUACAGGGGCAGUGGUAACAGAGAAGAGAAAGUGAAGUAAAACAAUAAACAC